AUGUGCCAUGAGUGCGGGAAAAGCUUCAAUCAGAGCUCUGCCCUUAUCACACAUAGGAAAAUCCACAUGGGUAAGAAAGCUUAUGAAUGUUCUGAGUGUGGGAAAUGCUUCAUUUGUCAUUCAGCCCUCAUCUUACAUCAGAGAAUCCACACAGGAGAGAGGCCUUACACGUGCUCUGAGUGCGGGAAAAGCUUCAGUCGGAGCUCACACCUUAUCAGACAUCGGAGAAUCCACACAGGGGAGACGCCCUACAUGUGCUCUGAGUGUGGGAAAAGUUUCGGGCGGAGCUCUGCCCUUAUCAGACAUGAGAGAAUCCACACAGGGGAAACACCCCCCACAUGCACUGAGUGCGGGAAAAGCUUCAGUUACAGCUCAGCCCUUAUCAGACAUCAGAAAAUCCACGCAGGGGAGAUGCCCUACACAUGCUCUGAGUGCAGGAAAAGCUUCAGUCGGAGCUCAAACCUUAUCACACAUCAGAGAAUCCACACAGGAGAGAAGCCUUACACGUGCUCUGAGUGCGGGAAAAGCUUCACUCAGAACUCAGACCUUAUCAGACAUCAGAGAAUCCACACAGGGGAGACGCCCUACACGUGCGCUGAGUGCGGGAAAAGCUUCAGUCUGCGCUCACGCCUUAUCACACAUCAGAGAAUCCACACAGGAGAGACGCCCUACACGUGCUCUGAGUGCGGGAAAAGCUUCAGUUAUAGCUCAGCCCUUAUCAGACAUCAGAGAAUCCACACAGGGGAGACACCCCCCACAUGCACUGAGUGCGGGAAAAGCUUCAGUUACAGCUCAGCCCUUAUCAGACAUCAGAGAAUCCACACAGGGGAGACGCCCUACACAUGCGCUGAGUGCAGGAAAAGCUUCAGUCUGUGCUCACACCUUAUUAGACAUCAGAAAAUCCAC